AUGAAGGGUUACUUGGAGGAGGUGGGACACCUUACCAAGCUCAACCCUCAAGAUGCUUGGCUUCCAAUCACUGAGUCUCGCAAUGGAAAUGCUCACUAUGCUGCAUUCCACAACCUCAAUGCCGGUGUUGGCUUCCAAGCCCUCGUUUUGCCGGUUGCUUUUGCAUACCUUGGCUGGAGUUGGGGAAUUCUUUCCUUAACCAUAGCAUAUUGUUGGCAACUUUACACGUUAUGGAUUUUGGUUCAGCUUCAUGAAGCAGUUCCAGGUAAAAGAUACAACAGAUAUGUGGAGCUAGCACAAGCAGCAUUUGGGGAAAGAUUAGGAGUCUGGCUUGCUCUCUUCCCAACUGUUUAUUUGUCAGCAGGAACUGCGACAGCUUUGAUUCUUAUCGGAGGGGAGACCAUGAAACUGUUCUUCCAAAUAGUUUGCGGACCCACUUGUACCUCAAAUCCAUUAACCACAGUGGAGUGGUACUUGGUUUUCACUUCUCUAUCCAUUGUCCUGUCUCAGCUUCCAAACCUCAAUUCAAUUGCAGGUCUCUCACUCAUAGGGGCUGUGACAGCCAUAACUUACUCCACCAUGGUCUGGAUUCUCUCUGUAAGCCAACAAAGGCCACCUUCCAUUUCCUAUGAACCCCUAUCAUUGUCACAACCUUCUGCUUCUGUAUUUCUUGCCAUGAAUGCACUUGGAAUUAUAGCCUUUUCUUUCAGGGGCCACAAUUUGGCCCUAGAAAUUCAGUCCACAAUGCCUUCAACUUUUAAGCACCCGGCCCGUGUGCCAAUGUGGAAAGGAGCCAAGGUUGCUUAUUUCUUCAUUGCAAUGUGCCUCUUCCCAAUUGCUAUUGGUGGCUUUUGGGCCUAUGGAAACCAAAUGCCUCCUGGAGGGAUUCUCACUGCUUUGUAUGCAUUUCACAGUCAUGACAUCUCAAGAGGAAUCCUUGCCUUAACUUUCCUUCUUGUUGUGUUUAACUGCUUGAGCAGUUUCCAGAUAUACUCAAUGCCUGCUUUUGACAGUUUUGAAGCUGGUUACACCAGCAGGACAAACCGUCCCUGCUCCAUAUGGGUGAGAUCAGGUUUUAGAGUGUUCUAUGGAUUUGUCUCCUUCUUCAUAGGAGUGGCGCUUCCCUUUCUCUCAAGCCUUGCUGGUUUGUUAGGAGGACUCACUCUUCCAGUCACUUUUGCAUAUCCAUGCUUCAUGUGGGUUCUGAUAAAACAGCCACCAAAAUAUAGCUUCAAUUGGUAUUUCAACUGGAUUCUGGGCUGGUUGGGGGUUGGGUUUAGCUUGGCCUUUUCCAUUGGAGGUAUCUGGAGCAUUGUGAAUGAUGGGCUCAAACUAAAAUUCUUCAAACCGAGUUGA